AUGAGGGAGCAGCUGAGCACCUCUGGCUCUCAUCAGCAUCACCCCUUUUUUUUGUUCUGCCUCCUUGUGCAGGCGGAUGUUUUGCAGAGGGUUUUCGACUCAGGGGCGGGCCUAUCGGAAGGGCGCUCGGGAUGCUGGGAGGCCGAAUCACGACACAAUUACAUCACUAGCGGUAACUUUGUGCGCUCAAACCCAGCCCACCGGAGCGCGCUGGGAGAAAACUUUGAUGUUGGGUGCCUCGAUCGGGGGAUUUUUCCAGAGUUCGAGCCCGGAAUCCUCCUGCUGGACGGCGGACUGGCAUCGAACACGGAGGAUUUUCGAAGCUGUUGGCGUUACACUCGAAUACGACGGGCUGCAGUCGAGGAGCCGGGAAGCUAG